CUGUAUGAAUCAUACUUCAGUCAUUAAUAAGCGUUUUACUGUAUAUAGGCGUGUGCAUAGGUAUCGCGCGUGUUCAAAUACUCGACAGAGUACCUUGUCGAUUCACAUAAUAUCAGGUGCUCACUGUUCAGCAGGUGAUCAAAUUUAGUAGCAGAGGGCUGCUGCUGAAGAAAUCUGACUCUUCUGAACCAGUGAAAGGGGAGCUUUUGUUUCUGUACAUAUAUAGCCAGGCUGUCAUAACUCGCCAUGUCGAGGGUCACGAACAGAUUGUGGAUACCACGGAUUAUCAUAAUUUCCACCUUACUUCUCAUACUAGUGAUAGUUAAGAUCAAUAAACCGAAAAUUCAGAGUUAUAUGGAGCAGCACGAACGUAAUAAUAGCACAAACGACAAACACCAUGAGAAUGAGGGUGAAUCUGCAUCUGUCAAGCAACCUGUAGACAACAGACAGGAUACGCAGGGUGCAUUUGGUGCUUUUGUAGAUGUCGUUGGUAGUGGUUAUAUGGCGUGGGUAGUGGAGGUAAUGCAUGAUCCAAAUUAUAAACCUCAGGUGUCCCAAGCUAAUCUAGAUUCACAGGUUGACCACGUGAUUGCGAAGAAAAUCACAGUUGCGAACGCGGAUAAGAUUUCGUCGACAGACACCCAAACAGGUUCGGAUGAGAACUCUGGCAGCACGGCGGAGGAUAUAGGCUCAGCAGAUAGUACUGAGAAAUCAGAAUUGGUACGAGAAGGUAUAACGGUUGGUGACAGCACUAGCACGCAAGACGAACUUACACAGAUAGCGGUGACAACGAGCGAUUCAAAUGUGUGCAACUUUGACAAGUGCGAGCUCCACACGUAUGUGUACAUGGUUGUGCCAUACAGAAACCGAGGGAUGAAUCUCAAGCGUCUGGCACAUACGCUCGCAAUCGAUGCAGCACAAUCGACGCUAACAAACAUACACUGUGUGUGCAUGGCUGUUGCUGAUUACGACGAUGUGGUGGUGGGCAUGACCGCAGCAGAGGCACUGUUAGAGUGGCGAGAAAAAGGUGGAAGUCACCAUAUACAGUCCCUUCCUGGCACAUUCUCGCGUGCUGGGGCCAUGCAAGGUAUUCUGCGAGACGACGCAAAGCUACUGACCACCAGCGAAGACGAGAGUUUGUUGUUUGUCGUGGACACAGAUAUGGCUCUUUUCCCCGGAUUCCUCGACGAUCUGGUGCAGAGCACUAAGCUACAUCUGGGGUAUGUGCCUGUGUGCUAUAGUGUCAACAACGCGAGCGACUGGAAAGAUGGCCUGUGGCGGUCUGGGGGUGCAGGUAUGUUUGCUGCGUAUGCUGCUGACAUACGGAGGGUGCUAGGCAACAAGUUCCCCGGGGCUGAGAAGAAGACCUACGGCGACGAGGACUGGAUGAUCCAGCAUGCACUCAGACAUUACAAACACGCGCAUCUUAACACUACAAGACAUUGUAACCCGUAUCUGUGGCAUUUGCCCCACCCUCAUGUGAUUGAUUGGACGGCUACUGCCGAUGGAAUGUCUGAGCCUGACGGACCACCUAAAGUGGACAAAUUCGGAGUGGGUCCUUAUGUAGAUGAGAAUAUAAGCAAAUUGGUAGACACCAUAUACAGGGAAGAGAGCUACAAGCAUCUCAGCCUGAGCGCUCGGUGCAAAACCCUACAGAGAAAAGGCAUUCAUUGGUCCGGAAAAUUCGUCAGGCCCGUUGCCGGCCGAAGGAGAGAUGUAGCGGACACGUCUUUGUGGUCGGUCAUUCACGAGGUGGUACUGGGCAGUGGGGACGGUCGGCAGUAGUCGAUGUUCUGUGGUGAAAUGACUGUGAGUGACUUCUUUGCAUAGAAUGUAGAGGUCACUUGAGGAAGUGGGUUUGACCAGCCACUCGCUGACCGCUCUACAAAACUGGCGAUGGACAUAGUGGGCCCGUGAGUACAGGGGUGGUAGUACGUAGUCUAUUCCAAGUACUACUCGGUAGCACCAACUGAUACAACUACAAACAAAAAGACAAUCUCCGUGCACACUCACGCAGGGAUGGACGAAUCGAUACCACUAAUAGUGCUAUCCCAGAUAUAUAGUAAAAACGAGAUUGUUUCAUACUGAGGCAGUUGCUUCCCGACUGAGAGGGGGGCGUGGAAGUAUAGCGUACCCCGGGCACUGGCACACACCCAGAUGACACUCGUUAGCACGAUCGUAGCGCACAGGACAUCCAUAUGUAGUACAUGCACAGUAGGACGUGUGUGCGUCGCGUGAGCACGCCAGAUGUAGCGAGACAAGACACACAUGUAUGCGUGCGUGGCGUUGCCUGGUUACGCAUGCACGACCGUUCUGCGUGCAUACGCUCGAGUGUCGCAGACUUAUGUCGACGUACAAUCUGGUGUGCGUUAGCUGCAUCUUUUUAAGAACUCUGAAGCGCUGUCUGUCUACGCCAUACUUAGCCAUGUAAGCAAGGCUAUAGCAGUAUCAUGCUAUCAUAUGGACAUUUAAAGAACACACUCGACAACGAUAGACUCAAGGGAUUCUACGCAGACUAUUGCGAGCCGACAAAUCCGCAGAGGGCAGGUAGACUGGCAGAUCUAUUAAAACGCAAC